AUGUCAUCGUCGCCCACUGCGAUUAUGACUGAGUUUGUGUUCCAUGUUGAAGGCCCUACAAAGGAUGGUCCAUUUGCUGGCGGAAAACGCGUCCGCACCCUGGAAAUUUUGGAUGCUGAUGAUUUGGAGCCUGAUGCACCUCCUCCCCCACUGCCCCCAAUUCCUAUGAGUUUUAAAGACAAAGUUGCUGGAGGCUUUGGUAUGGCCGAGGAACAAAUGGAGAUUGGAGAAGACGACGUUAUUAUCAAAUCAGGGACGAUUCCCUCAAUCCAAUUCUUUGACAAAAUCAAGAACGCGUUGUAUCGGCCCUGGCGUACGGCGGUGAUCAUCAAGCUCAUGGGUCGCCCUCUAGCCUUCACUUUCUUGAGAGCUCGUCUUCUCUAG